CGGAACGGUCGCCCAAUGGUCGAAAUUCGACCAUAAUUAAUUUAAAUUAUAAGUUUGAUGAAUACAAUCUCAUCUCAAUCACUAGCACUGUUUCAAAUACUUGAUAGAAAUAAAUGUACAAUAGUAACAACAGAUAAGAGUUCUGACGAGAAAGCGAAUACUAUGCGUCUGCUGGGGUCAGAAGUGAUUUCAUUAAAAACAACGAAAUCUCCAACAGCUAUAGCUCGGCAAAUUAAGGAUGCUAAUCCAGAUACUGUCGUUAUGGUCAGUCAGUUUGACAAUGACAUCAAUCCAAAAACUCAUUACGAGCACACGGCCGAAGAAAUAUUAUCAGCGUUACCGAAAAUCGACAUGGUUGCCAUGGGAGCUGGGACUGGAGGCACGUUUAGCGGUAUUUCAGCAAAAAUUAAAUCCGUAAACUCUAAAUGCGUCAUAGUGGGUGCGGACCCAGACGGUUCCACUAUGUUUAACGUUCAAGGACCAUCACAUCCAUUUUUGGUAGAAGGAAUAGGCGGCUCUAGGAUACCCAUUACAUUGGAUAAGUCUCUAUUAGACGAAGUUGAAGUUGUCACCGACGAAGAAACCUUUUUGAUGGCUAGAGAGCUCGUCAAAUUAGAAGGAAUAUUGUGUGGCGGUAGCAGCGGCACAGCAAUGGUAGCCGCAAUAAAAGCUGCAAAGAAACACAAUUUCGGUCUUGGAAAACGUAUAGUCGUUAUUAUGCCUGAUGGAAUCCGCAACUACAUGAGUAAAUUUGUCAGCGACCAAUGGAUGGAAGCGCAUCUUUUUAAAGAACCACCACAGCAUACUAUGGUGUGGUGGAAGGAUCCAAUUACGAAUCUGGUAGUGUACAAUAAUUAUCCAAAUAUUAAUACGAAUUCUACUUGUGAAGAUGCAUUAUUGACAAUGGUUAGUGCCAACGACGGUGAUGUAGCUAUUGUGGUGAAUGACAAAGGUUGGUUAGUGGGUGCCGUUUCCAAAGACUCCUUCCGCCACAAUGCAACCAAUCCAACUAAACUACCACAAGAGGACUCCGAAGAUUUCAACUUUCAAGAUCCAGUGACAGAUCACUUAAUAAAAAACUGUUACACGUUGACAAAGAACGGAAAGAAAGGAAUACCGACCAUUGGACUUAUUUCGCGGAUACUCGACAUAACACCAUUCGUGAUUGUUGGAACUACUGAAAAAUCUGCAGAGGAAGAAAAUUUUCGUCCGGAAUUCGUCGUUACUGGAAACGACGUCUUAAACUACAUAUAUUGCUUAAAAAUAUACAAAAUGACUACUUCCAAUUACGUAGAAACAAAAAAUGGAUCAUCGAACGGCGUUGGGAAAUUUUUCAAUCUUCAAGAAAUGCCCCACAUAGUAAAGGCGCUAGAUAGAAAUCAAAAAAUACAGCCUGAUAUUCUCCAUGUGAUUGGAAAUACUCCAUUAGUGAAACUUACAAAAAUACCUAACGAUGAAGGUAUUCUCUGUGAUAUAUAUGCUAAAUGUGAAUUCUUGAAUCCUGGUGGUUCUGUAAAGGAUCGCAUUGCAUACCGGAUGGUGAUAGAUGCUGAACAACAAGGUAUAUUGAUACCUGGGAAGUCUGUUAUUAUAGAACCAACAUCAGGCAACACUGGCAUUGGGUUGGCUCUAGCUGCUGCUGUUAAAGGAUAUAGAUGCAUUAUAGUGUUACCAGAGAAAAUGUCAGACGAGAAAGUGAAUACUCUGAAAGCUCUCGGCGCAGAGAUCGUGAGGACACCCACGGAAGCAGCGUGGAACGACCCGGAGAGCAACAUAAUGGUCGCGCGCCGGAUGGCUACCGAAAUACCCGACGCUGUUGUACUCGAUCAGUACAAUAAUCCAUGCAACCCACUGGCACAUUACGACGGGACUGCAGAGGAGAUCCUGUGGUCAUUGGAUGACAACGUGGACAUGGUGGUGAUUGGUGCAGGCACCUGCGGCACUAUCUCUGGUGUCGCGCACAAAAUCAAGGAGCGCUGCCCCAAGUGCGUUAUAGUCGGUGUAGAUCCCUACGGUUCCAUUCUGGCACAACCAGAAGACCUUAACAAGAGUGAUGUGCAAGUUUAUGAGGUGGAAGGCAUCGGCUACGAUUUCUUGCCGCGCUCUCUCGACAGAACAGUGAUCGAUAAAUGGGUAAAAACCGACGACCAUAACUCAUUACAAAUGGCUCGCAGACUCAUAAGAGACGAGGGAUUACUUUGCGGCGGCAGCAGCGGAUCUGCCAUGUGGGGUGCGAUUCAAGCUGCCAAAACCCUAAAGGCAGGCCAGAAAUGCGUUGUACUACUCCCCGACAAUAUACGAAAUUAUAUGACCAAAUUCAUCUCUGACCAGUGGUUAGAAGCGCGCAACUUCAAAAAAGUUGCCAAAAACGAGACAGUAUGGUGGUGGGAACACUUAGUAAUAGACGACAUAUUUCAGCCUGCCGUUACCAUAUCUGAUAAAAGUACGCCAUUACAAGCUCUCGAGAAACUAAAACAAACAAAGGCGCCUCUUUUAACCAUUGUGAAUGAUGCGGGAUCUGUAGUCGGAGUGUUCACGGCAGACAAUGCGCGACAAAGGUUGGCCAACUUAUCUGGCUCGACGACAGAUAACCUCGACAAGUUCACAGUGAAGAAAUUUUACAAAGUAGACCUCUCCUUGAAACCUACCCUGGGACAUGUCUCAAGAAUGCUCGAUAUCGCACCAUAUGUCAUUGUUGUAAAAUCAGAGACGACAUCACAGGUUCAAAGACCUGUCGGUGUGGCGACAUCGGACGACCUCCUUACAUAUACAACAGAUAGUAAACAUUUGAAUGGUAAAUAGAAGACUGAUGUAAACAAAAGAACGUAUUAAAGAAUCAUCAUAAAAGUAAAGCCAUGCUUCAGAAGGAAUGUAUGUAAAUGCUAUAUAAUUAUAUAUAGGGUGUAAUGAAAUAGGUACAGAUCAUUAAUAAUAAUAACUAAAUAGGCAUUAGUGAAACUGUAAAACAUUUUUCUUCCCUCAUAGUGAUUGUAAAAUAAUGCCUAGUAGCUAUUAGUUUUUUUUUAAGUGUUUCAUUAAAAUUGCUCCUAGAGAUAUAGAUCUUCCUAGGUAUUUCUAAAAUACUGUAGAAAAAUAUUGAUGUAAAGCUGUAUAAUUUGACUACUGCAGUAAUGUACCUUUGACAAUUGGAGUAUAUUAUUUAUUACAUUUGUUAUUCAAUUAUUUUAGAAGUGAAGAGAUAUCGCUAAUAAAUGACUUGAGAAGUAUAAAUUGUUUAAAUUUAUAACAAGAAC